AUGAAUGAAGUGGGUACAACUUUGGUUGAAUUUACGAAGGAUUUAGUUUUAUCAAGCGUGCAACGGACAGAUCAAGGAUUGUAUCAGUGUAUCACUAGUAAUAGUGUAGGAGAACGAAGUGCUUUUAUUGGAUUGGUUAUUGAAGCCGAAAUUGAUUCAGUGAUAACAAAUCUUAAAGUUACCGUGGACCAUAAAAACUUGAAAUGGCAUUUACCUGCAACAAUGGAUUAUUUAGACGCUGAUCGAUCAGUAUUUUUGUUGAAUUAUUAUUUGUCGGAUGGUGGUAGUGCAAAUAACGUGCCAUUGCGUAAUGCUCAUUGCACACCUGAUAAUUGGUGUAUUGCCAAAUGUUGUUCAGCAAAUUAUGUAUUUAUUCCUCGACGGAAUUAUACAUUUCAAAUGUCAUUGUUGCAGAUGGAUACAGUUGGCAAAAUUUCACCCCUUUCUGAACAUGUAACAGCUCUAUCUUGGGAUGGGGUUUCACAGAAAGCAAUGGAACUUAGCAUAAGCAAUCCAAGUGAACAUACAGUGGAGAUUUCAUGGAAUCAUCCAUCCACAGAUGUCACAAAUGGCAUCGUACAGAAAUAUCUUCUCGAAUAUUACAAAGAUUCCGCUCAUGAACGGGAUGUGAAAAGGAAAGAUAUUUCGCUAAAUUCAACUACAUGCCUUCUUCAUAAUAUGGAGUCAAAUGCAGUGUACCGUUUCCGAGUUAUUCCAGUAACACGUAACGGUCUUCCAUCCAGAGUAUAUCUAAAAUCGAAUCCUAACUUCACUUUCAUCGGAUACAUGGUAGAUUCGACCAUUAAAAAUUUUAACCGUGGUACUGGAUCAUUACCAUUUGAUAUUAAGCAGAAAGGCAUUACAAUUACUGUUAAUUGGAAUAAAAUGCAAGAUCUUUCUGUCAACGGUACUAAUCAUGGUACAAACAGAAAUCUAGCAGUUGCUAUUCGUUAUGCUCGUUCUGAUAUUUAUCCACUGAGAGAAGAAGUUGAAGAAACUUCCGUAAUGAGUGGAGCUAUAAUUUUAAACGCUAAUUUUAAUUUGUCUCGAGUUUAUCAGUUCUGUAGUCGUUUGUACGAUGGCAUCUUUCAUGGUCCUGAUUUUUGUCGCAUUUAUCGAUUGCUACCAAUAUCAGGGAACCAGCUGUAUAGUGAAAUUGCAGUCAGCACAGAUGGCUUACCGAGCCCAGUUUUGUGUGAUAAUCACGAAAUGAAAUGUCGCUGCGAAUCAUCUUUUGAAUUUGGUGAUGCGAUGAGAGUGAUAUGGGACUGGCCAGUCGAUGAUUACAGUGCUGAUGAAUUUGUCGUGCACUAUAUUUUGAGUGAAAGUAUUUUACCUGAAGAUGAUCGAUUAGUUAUUACGGAUAAAGCGUUCGCAGAUUUACCAAAUCUUCGAUCAAAUACAACUUAUCGCCUUAUGAUAGAAGCUAGGAAUAAAUUAGGUGGUGUUGAUGGCUCGUGGUUCGAUUGCACUACUCCUACUCUUAAACAGAUUCCGGCACCAACAGGAGUGGAGUAUGAAGAGCUAAAUGCAACAACUGUCCGAGUAUCUUGGAAUCCGAUACAUCCAAAUCCGCACUGGAGCACACCAGUUGGCUAUGUCAUACAAAUUCAAUCAUCAUCAUCUUUUUUGGGAUCAGUGAAGGACAUUUCUGUUGAUGGUAUGAGUGCUACAAAUUAUGUGAUAACAUUAGAACCUGAUGCGUUUUAUACAUUUCAAGUGGCUGCACGUUCGAGUAGCGGUGAUUUGGGACUACGCUCAUCACCAUAUCUGUUUACACCUUCAAACAUCAAUAAAAGUAGUUCUGUCACUGGAUAUGGCGAAAUUGGUGUCAAGAGAUUGAAAACACUCACACUAGAAUCAGCUCAGGGAGUCUUAGUUGGCACGAUUGUAGUUAUGGGUUUACUGACUUUAUGUUUCGGUGGUAUCUGUGCUUAUUUGAGGAUAAAACGACGUAAGUUAGAGGUGGCAUUGAGUUUCAUUGCAACUAAUAGUCGUGGAGUUAAUACUUCUAAUAUUAAUAACACAAAUGUAAGAGUUCUUCUUGUUUGUAGAUCUGAACUUGUGCUUACUGAGUUUGAUUUGGCGUGUAAAUAUGAAAUGGAAGAGUUGAUUAAGCGACAACGAUCUGGUAUGAUUGAUGGUAUCGAAAGCAAGUGUAUGAAAAAGUAUACAUCGAAUGGUUACUUGGUGCUUCACCAGUUGAAUAGAAACAAUAACUUAUCAAGUGAAGAGGGCGAGUUAUAUCUGGAUACAAAAGGUGGUGAACAAGGGGCAUUCCCAAGUGGUCAAGACAAAUAUUUAAAAUUAUUGAAGGAUAGAAAUCAGAUGCAGCAAUUGAAGGAAUUCGUUUUUUUAACUGAACAGAAACCUGUCAAGAGCCCCAUAUCUUGCAGAAAAAAUUCAGUAGGUAUAACUGAAAGAAGAAAUCGUCUCGCGAUAAGUGCAUCAAAUCAAGAACGACUGGAUUCAAAAUGGAUUCCUGUAGCUUCUCCUACCUCAGAUCCAUGGACUAGCAACUUACUCUCAAAAAAACAAAUGACAUAUAGUGAUUCAAGAAAAACCUCAACUCGAAAUUUGAAUUCAAGUCGUACAUUGAUGAAUAGCUGUAAUGACGGAGUUACAGCGCCACAUUUUUUGUCAAAACUAAUUGUUUUGUCUGAUGUUACUCGACGAAAUACAGCAAGUCAUGUGGAACGGAUGGAUUCUAGUACCAGUAUAAUUUGUUCUAGAUCAGUAUCUGAGCAGUCAAGUUGCAAGCAAAAUGGCGUUAUUAAGAAACGAAAUGAUAGUGUUGAGAUGGAAACUCAGAUCAAAACCAGUCCUGUGCAGAACUUAUGUAACACUACUUCAAGUCAAUCAUUGACUUGGUACGAUGCUGCAUCGGUUGAAAAUGGCAGCAUUAUUCGACAGCCUCAGGAUGCAGUUAGAAAUGUGUACACGACUAUUAAUAAAGGGAUUUCGUCGUGUUAUUCAUCUAUGCCCAAUCUUACAGAUUCAGGUAUUGUAUAUGAUGAAAUCCAUCCUUAUUCGCUUCCUCCAUAUCCUUCACCGCCACCAGUAAACAGUAAACAAAUUGAAAGGUAG